GCGGCUGGGGGCGGCGGUUGAUGAAGAGGUGAGCGACGCCUUCCUGCCCUGAGCUGGUCAGUGUCCGGCCAGCCGGGCGGACUGGAACGUUGAGUCGCGGGCGCAACGUUCCAAAUCGUUGUCGUAAGGUUCCGGCCCGCUGUCACAACGUUCCAGCCCCUGUUCUCCGUGUUCUAUUGCCAUGUACAGUCUGAGGAGUGUAUUGAGCAGAUUCUAUGCAGUCGCUCCACGGUCCCUCCUCUUCCCGGGUAACCUGGGACAGCAGAGAUCUAUAGGAACUUCCGCAGGAGGCCAGCAGCAGAAUGGCACUUUUUAUGAAUUCCGCACGUACAUCAUACAGCCGGGGAAGGUAGCUGAUUUUAUGAAGCUGACAAGUGACAACAUCCACCUACGUACUGCCCACUCUGAGCUAAUUGGCUACUGGUCUGUUGAAAUUGGGUGUCUGAAUGAAGUCUUUCACAUUUGGAAAUAUGACAGUUACAAGGAACGAGCAGCAGUACGAGAAGCCCUGGCAAACAAUAAAGACUGGCAACAAAAUUAUAUCUCAAAAAUGCUGCCAAUGCUUCUCAAUCAAACCAGCGAGAUCGUUUACAUGGUGCCAUGGGCGGAGUUGCGCAAACCACCAAAAAAAGGUAUAUAUGAAUUAAUAAAUUACCAGAUGGUGCCAGGUGGACCUGUUGUAUGGGGUAAAGCCUUUCAGAAAGCUGUGAGUGCACAUAACCAUGUGGGAUAUUGCACACUAAUUGGGGUAUUCCACAGUGAAUUUGGCCAUCUCAACAAAGUCCAUUCCCUCUGGUGGCAUGAGGAUGGUGAUCAGCGAGCAGCUGGAAGGCGCAGGGCGCAAAAGGAUGUCAGGGUGGUGGCAGCAGUUACACUAAAUUCCAGAACUCAAGUUGGAGAUGGUGCUGGUACUUGUGUGCUCAGGACUUCGAUUGGAAUCUAACUCAACUCAUUCUGUUGGUUUGAAACCUUUGCGUCACCAUGCAAUGAGGGAUAGUGCCACAUACCUGGUGUCCCAAACUAACAAGCUCCUACGUCCAACAGCUUAUUCACCUCUGAAAUGAUUCCGCGCAUUGAACACUGAUGAUGGUUGUGCUUUCUUCCCUUUAAUGGUGCCUGUGAUACAAGUGAUCCUUUUGAAUUUAAGGAUCCAACCAUGUGGCAUGUUGUGUCAUUGGUAAUGGUCACUUUGGCCAGAGCUAGGUUGUAUUUUGUACUCUUGAUGGCUGAACUGGUUGAAAUAAAAUAUUAUCUUUAAUCCA